ACCGCAGACCACCACCGGCCCCCUUACAGGUGGUUUUUGCUUUCGCGAGCCACGAGCCGGCAACGCCGCGCCCCGGUGCGCGCCACCACAGAUCGCGCGGCAACUGUCCGAACUACACUUUAGCGCACGUUUAGUGUUAGUCGUUUCACAGUGGCUCCGGCAGUCCGCGACUAGCUAUGGCCUCCGUUAACGACACGGCGACGUUUUUUACGCAUGGCACCUGUGCCCAAUACGAACAGGUCCUUAAACUGUACCCUCAAGCCCUUAAAUUAAAGGCCGAUCGCAAAGCUAAAAAGCCCGAGGAGCUUAUCAAACUCGAUAACUGCAUUAUUGGCCGCCGCGUGUCCUGAUUCUGCCCCUUUUAUGGCAGACGAAUGUUUGAUGGCCAUCCCCGACAUUGAAGGUAUCGACUAUACAGCUAAAGAGUACCUGAAAUUCGCACAGCACAUUAGUAGCGUCGCCGAACGGCUCAAUGCAGAUCCGGAGCGUAUAGGACGGCCGGACGCAACCCGAUGGUCACCACACAAAGUCGAACUCGCCAUCUGGACGCACUAUGUAGUGUCGGAACUCAAACCUGAACUGCUCGAAGGUAUUCCUGUAGAAAAUGGCAACUCCAUGGCUCCAGCCAUCGCGGUACUGCACCAAAACGGUGACUCUUUGGACGCUGACCCGACAGCCACGUCGGACGAAAGCUCAGGAGGAGGAGGCGUGUUACCUCCACUCAACGGCAAAGCUACAGUUGCUCCGACUGCCACGGUGCCAGCAGCCGCUUUGGACGAAGAUACGCGCGAUACGACCGCUUCGUUCGCGGACACGGAUACGGGAAGUCCACCGCCGUCAGAGGGCGUUGGCGAUGAAGACUCAGUUUCAGCAUCCGCCGCUUCUGAAUCUACUAAAGAUUCUAUGCAGGACGAAGACUCGAACAGUAUCAGUUUCGUCAAGAGGCGACUAGACGACGAUAAAUUAAUAGCUCAGGGUCCGACGCCCGCGAAAAAAGCGCGCGAAGAUGUCAAGUGACAGAGCUGAGGUUUCGGACGGCGUACGAGGGCUCGUGCCUCACCGUUAGACCCCUUUAGCCGGUUAACUUAGGUAUAUUAUUAUAAUGUAUGAUGUUGUUCGCUCUCGAUUUGGACUUUUAAUAUCCUCUUUUGAUCGGAAAGGUACACGUUAGCGUGUUGUUA